AUGGCGCCUGCACGAGCUUCGACGCGUGCCAAAGCAACUACAACAAAAGCACCCACCAAGGAAAAGACCUCGACUACGAUGACCAAAAAGGCUGGUGUGAAGAAGGCAGCUACCGCGUCUGCCGUGAAGAAGAAGACUACAGCUUCCGCCUCCGAGACGAAGAAGACAAAGCUCAAGACCGAUGCUGCAAAGGCUGCCGUAGGCGCCAACGCGAAAGCUACCACCAAGCGCAAGACGGCGUCGAAUGCCCGCGCUACUGGUGCUGUUGCAGGAGCCCCGGCUCCUCCAGCCCGCAAGCGGAAGACCUCUGCCGAUGAAGAGGUAGAAAAGGCGGCUGCUGAGCCCAAACCCAAGAAGGCUCGCGUCGCAAAGGCCCCCGUCACCCGCAAACCCAAGCCAAAAGUGGUGAUAAACAAGGCUCCUACGCAGAAGCUAAGAGUCUUUGUUUGCGGAGAAGGCAGCCAGGGAGAGCUCGGCCUCGGAGCUGCCAAGGGCACUGUUGACGUGAAACGUCCACGUCUCAAUGCCCUGCUGGCGCCCGAGGAUGUCGGCGUGGUUCAAGUCGCCGCAGGCGGAAUGCACUGCGUUGCGCUGACCCACGAUGGCAGGGUUCUCACCUGGGGUGUCAACGAUCAAGGCGCGUUGGGUCGUGACACCACCUGGGAGGGUGGCCUGAAGGAUAUCGAUGACGCAAAGAGUGAUGACAGCUCCGACUCCGGCAGUGACAGUGGGUUGAACCCCUACGAGUCCACCCCAACAGCCAUCCCAUCCGACGCGUUCCCCGAGGGUACUGUCAUCGUUCAAGUUGCUGCUGGUGAUAGCUCAUCUUUUGCGCUCACUGACGAUGGUUUGGUCUACGGCUGGGGUACAUUCAGAGGAAACGAAGGAAUCAUCGGCUUUGAUGCUGACACGAAGAUUCAGACAACCCCAAAGCUUAUCUCAGGCCUCAAGAAGAUUAUUCAUGUUGCUUGCGGCGACAACCAUGCCCUCGCUAUCGACAAUCGUGGCGCUGUUUUUGCAUGGGGAUCUGGUCAGCAGAACCAGCUUGGUCGCCGCAUCGUUGAACGCAACAAGCUCAACGGACUACAGCCUCGCGAAUUUGGCCUCCCAAAGAACAUCAUCCACGUUGGCUGUGGCUCAUUCCACUCGUUUGCAGUUCAUAAAUCUGGCAAAGUUUACGGCUGGGGUCUGAACAGUUACUGCGAAACUGGCAUUCAGCAAGGUGCUGGAGAUGAUGAGGCUGUUAUCCUUCACCCCACUGUCGUCGACUCCCUUAAGGACAAGAAUAUUGUCCAAAUUUGCGGCGGUUCUCACCAUACCCUUGCUCGCACAAUUGAUGGAGAUUGUCUUGUUUGGGGCCGUCUCGACGGUUUCCAAUCUGGUCUCAAGGUCGAUACCCUGCCUGAAUCUGCCGUCAUCAAAGAUGAUAGGAACCGUGCUCGCGUCCUGUUCGAACCCACUGCCGUCCCCGGCUUCAAGGCAGAAUAUGUUGCUGCCGGUGCAGAUCAUUCUAUUGCUAUCGACAAUGAAGGUCGCGCGUGGACCUGGGGCUUCUCCGCCAACUACCAGACAGGACAAGGAACCGACGAUGAUAUUGAAGUUGCUACCGUUGUUGACAACACCGCUGUGCGCGGAAAGAAACUGAAUACCGCCGGCGCCGGUGGACAAUACUCUAUCUUCACUGCCAUUGCCGAGUAA